AUGAAUGAUGCAAUGGAAGCAUUAGCUGGUGCUGGUUUAUUACCAUUACUUAAAAAAACUGAUAUAACACAAACUAACAUCAAUCCAAAUAUAUUAUCAAAUACUGAUACAAAUACUCUUUAUCCAGUAUUAAAUAAUGUCGUAGAAGAAGCAAUCGAUGAAGAAAAAAAAAUUGAUGAAACAAUAGAUAAAUUUACACCAUAUCCAACACUUGUUCAAGUAAAAUCAAUGAUUGAUGAACAAAAAUCAGAUACAUCUACUAUUAUUGAACCACCAUCUAUUGAGCCAUUAGAAAAUUUUCUUGAAAAACGUGCGACUACAAUCGAAGGAUUAAAAAAAUUACAGAGUCGUAUGGCUAAACAUAUUACAAAUUGUAAAAUUUCAAAUACAGUUGGUAAUUCUGCAUCAAUUAUUGGUGGAAUAUUAUGCUUUGUUUUUCCUCCAGUUGGUGUACCUGUUCUUCUUGCUGGUAGUGCAACAAGUCUUGGUACUAGUAUUACAGAGAAUGUUAUUGAAAAACGUCUUCGAACAGAAUGUUCAGAACUUUUAAAAGAAGAUUCAAUAGCAAUGAAAGUAUGUGAAUCAAAUUUAAAAGCUAUAACAGCAUGGCUUGUUACUGUUUAUUCACUUGGUUUUUCUGUAUCGAGAGCCGGAGUGAAUUUUAUAAAACUUGCCGAAGCUAUUCAAACAGCUUCAACUUUAGGAAAAUGGAGUGAGUUAAUUGGACAAUUGCCAUCAUUAGCUGGUGCUUUUGCAACUGGUGCUAAAACAGCUGGAACAAUCAGUGGAAAAAUACUUGGUGUUUCAGUUAUUAUUUCUGUUGCUGAUUUAAUUCAAACUUGGGUAUCAAAAAAUGCAACAUUAUCAUCUAUUGAUAAAGAUAUAGCAUUACUUGAACAACAAUUAAUGGAAUUAAAACGUAUAGCUGAUGUUUAUCAUUCUUGA